ACAUCAAUCCACCGAUGUAUAGCAGUCCCUGCAAUAUGUGUCAGAGAAACACGGCUACUCUAUAUGGUCUGACACCAUUCUCUCAGUACACUAUACAAGUCAAGGCUUAUGUAUAUGGUGCAUACGGACCAAUAAAAACAGUCAUCUACACAACCACAUCAUCAGCACCGACUGGACCUCCCACUUCUGUGACACCUGGGUCUGAAGCCAAACGCAGCCUAGCCUUCUCCUGGAGCCUUCCAUUGUGUGGAAGCCGAGGCGGUGUCAUCACAGGAUACGACUGGAGGCUUAGUACAAGUGGAGCUGCACCAAUGACUGGUCAGACUACAACUGGUCUGUCUGGUGGAGCAGUUACAAUAGAUGUACUUACUCCCUUUACUUAUUACAGUUUUCAAGUUGCUGCAAGGACUAAUGAUGGGACUGGACCGUACAGUGCGGCUGUUACAUCAAGAACACAAGAAGCAGCGCCCACAAGACCUCUUAAUGUUCACAUCCAGUCGACAGAUGACAUGUCUGUCAGUCUGAGUUGGAAUCAACCAGAUCCAGCGAAUGGAUACAUCACACACUACAAUGUUCGCUACUGGAGGAAUGGAGACAUGCGAACCAUGCUGACUGACUCCAAUGUGAUGGGACUGAUGCAUCGUGUCACGGGCCUUGAAGCUGGUGUAACAUACCUAUUUCAGGUGCAAGCUGAGACGCAUCCUGGUGCUGGCCCUUGGAGUGGCUCUAUCUCUGCGACAACAAUGGAAACUGCGCCCACAGUUCCCCUUAAUGUUCUCGGCCAGCCGACGGAUUACAUGUCUGUCAGUCUUGGUUGGAGUGAACCAGAUCCACCGAAUGGACGCAUCACACACUACAAUGUUCGCUACUGGAGGAGUGGAGACAUGGGAACCAUGCAGACUGACUCUGAUUUGAUGGGGAUGAUGCAUCGUGUCACGGGCCUUGCUGCCUUUGUAACAUACAAAUUCCAGGUGCAAGCUGAGACGUCCCCCGGUGCUGGUCCUUGGAGCGAACCUAUCGAAGCAACAACACUGCAAGCUGCACCAACAGUUCCCAUAGAUGUUCGUAUCCAGUCAGUGGAUAACGAUUCUUUCAGUCUGAGCUGGAGUGAACCAGAUCCACCGAAUGGACUUAUCUUGCACUACAAUGUUCGCUACUGGAGGAGUGGAGACAUGGGAACCAUGCAGACUGACUCCGAUGUGAUGGGGAUGAUGUAUCGUGUCACGGGCCUUGAAGUCGGUUCAACAUACCAAUUUCAGGUGCAAGCUGUGACAUAUCCUGGUCCCAGCCCUUGGAGUGCCUCCAUCGAAGCAACGACAGCAACCGGAGCUCCUGGACCUGUUGGGAAUCUUAACUUUACAGAGAGGACAGAGACAUCAAUCAAUUUGGUGUGGGACCCGCCACUACAACCUGGAGGAGUUCUUAUUGGCUAUAAAGUAGAGCAUCGUAUCUUACAGAGGCCUUAUCAAUCCGAUUUCACAGCAAUAGACACAUACGAAAGCGAUGAAACUCGGGAACCUCCUUUCCUGAAAACUAAUCUGGAACCAGGCACUCAAUACGGGUUCAGGGUUUUUGCGAAGAAUGAAAUGUUCACCGGCGGUUACGACCGAGUGUUAGAGGUUUACACUAGGCCUAAGUCAGAUCCACCUGCACCAAAACAACCCAAAACAUACGAAGAGGAAGCGACGAAUUCUACGGUAACAAUUGGCCUGACGAACCUUGUAUCUGACAACAAGUAUGUCAGUUCAUACGUCGUGCAUGUCAACAAAACCUCCGCUUCCCGCAAGUCCAAGAGGGCAGCUCUCACUCCAAAACGUUACGCCGACUCCGCCGAUGACUACAUAGCAGCCGAAAUCCCCAAGCAAAACCUGGCAGAGAAAUUUGUCGUUGGAGACAAUGAAACCUACGAAUCGUACAGGAAUGCACCGCUGCAAACAGGUGCUGAUUAUGAAAUUCGUGUGGGGUCUGUGAGCAAGGGCAAUGAUGAGGAGAUCUUCGUGACGUAUUCAGUGCCGAUAAGAGUUACAGUGGAGCAGUACCAGGCAUCACCGACACAGGAUCCAUCAUCCACGGCAGUCGUUCCAGCUGUUGUCGCGGUCAUUGUCGUUGUCGCUUUGGUGCUUCUCAUCAUAGUCGUGGUUUAUAGACGGCGAUCUGCACGCGCGAAAAAGCAAUCGGACACCGAUGGACAGCUGCAGUCUAUCAAUGACUACGAAGCUGUAGUGCCCCCUGAAGAGCCUAAGCCAUCGACCACCAACACUUACAUGAACCAAGGUGCAGCGGCUGGGACAUGUGACUCGCCAUCCCUGAAAAAGCCCAAGCUUCUACCCAAGCCUCGACAGCAACAGAGCGACCCGCCCAUAGACGGGCCCCAAGACCCUCUGGUUUCUUCCUCCAACAACAUCAGCCUUCAGACAGCAGCAGUGGGUGGGACAUGCGACUCACCAUCCAUGCGAAAGCCUAAGCCCCCGCCCAAGCCACAACUACAAGAUACCAAACCGCCCCAACCGGCUAUACCCCCGGACGAACCUGGGGUGGCAUUCACUCCGCUUCCUCCUGUACGCUUGGAAGACUUGGAGAGCUACAUUAACAUGAAGGAAUCGGCAGGUGACAAAGGGUUCGAGGCUGACUACAAGACUCUUCCGAAUGAACAGCUACACCCGUGGACAGUUGCCUCGAAACCAGAAAACCGAAAGAAGAAUCGCUAUGUGAACGUGAUAGCUUAUGACCACUCCCGUGUUGUUCUCCAGCCAUUGGAGGGUGAUCCUCACUCGGAUUACAUCAAUGCUUGCUACAUCGAUGGAUACCACCAGGAAAACAAGUACAUAGCUAGUCAAGGACCCAAUCAGGAAUCUAUCAAAGACAUCUGGAGAAUGGUUUGGCAGUUGGGCAUCGAUAAGAUUGUCAUGCUCACCAAUCCGGUGGAAAACGGCAAACGGAAGUGCCUGCAAUAUUGGGCUGAUACCGGACCUACCACGAUCUCGGGCAUCGUCGUGAAUACAGACAAAGAAGAGGUCUUCCUGGAUUAUACCAUUCGUGAUUUCCGCAUACGCGAGGUCGGCAGGAAGGAUACGAGACUGGUGAAGCAAUUCCACUACACCACCUGGCCCGAUAUGAAGCCGCCUGAGUACCCAGCACCAUUGCUCAACUUCAUGCGCGUAGUCAACGCUCACCAGAAUCCCGGUCAAACUGUCAUACAUUGCAGUGCUGGAGUAGGACGCACUGGUACAUACAUUGCCCUGGAAGCAAUGAUGGAACAAAUGGCCCAGGAACGACAAGUUGAUGUCCUGGGCUUCAUCUACCAAAUGAGACAGAAUCGCAUCAAGAUGGUCCAGACACCAGAGCAAUACAAAUUCAUCUUUGAUGCUCUGCUGGCAUCAUCUCAGACUGGUGACACGACCUACCAUGACAAUAACUUUCAACAAAAGUUGUCUGCACUGAAAAAGCCCGAGAAGGGUUCCAAGAGUACUGGGAUGACUAGACAGUUUGAGAUGUUAGGCAAAUGGAGUGUUCCUCACGGAAGCAGGAAACCCAAGUCCGGACUUCGUCCUGAGAGCAUCGCCAAGAAUCGGUUCAAGGACUUCAUUCCCACUGAUCGAGCCAGACCGUAUUUGAUGACACAAGUACAUGAAGGCGACAACGAUUACAUCAAUGCAAACUAUCUGCCCAGCUACCGCAAGAAGAAUGGAUACAUUGGUACGCAGAUGCCCAUGCCGAGCACCGUUGUCGAUUUCUGGCGCAUGGUGUACGACCACAAGGUGACCAGCAUUGUGAUGCUGAACGCCCUGGAUCCAAAGGACAAAACAAUGGCUCGCUACUGGCCCGAGUCCGGACACAUUGAAUUCGGCCCUCUUGUCAUUGAGCUGAAUGAAACAGAAGAGUUCAAAGGAGUGUCUAGACGAACCUUUACUCUGCGUAACGAACAGGUUGACUUUGAGACCGAAGAUACGCGAAGGGUGACUCAGUUCCAGUAUCACGACUGGCCAUCUGACAAGGAGGUGCCAAGCUCCUUGGAUGGAAUGCUUUACCUACUGAGGGUUACUCAAGACAGCCGCCAAGAUAAGGGACUUACCGUGGUCCAUUGCAAGGACGGAUAUGGCGCUACGUCUGUGUACUGCGCGUUGAUGGCGCUGUUGGAACAGUUCAAUGUCGAGAAAGCCGUGGACGUGUUCCAGGCAGCUCAUCGUCUGCGCAUGGUCGACCCAAACAUGAUGUACUCGCUGCACCAGUAUGCCAUGUGCUAUGAUGUCAUCCAAGCAUACAUGAACUCGACCAGCAUCUAUGAGAACUUCACACCGGAAGGCCUGGUUGGAUAGUCAUCGAUCACGGUGUGAACGGGAAGACAUCGACCAACAUAUUCUUCGUACAUCACGUCAAAACGUUUCUAAAAACUGUUAACGUAUGGCCUAUGCACAACUUUUUAUACAUUUGUAUACGUAGAAACAUGAGUAAAAUAAGGAGUAUUGUGCUGAGGCUUUUCCUAAAUAUCAGAAUCAUUAAACGUAUAAAUUCUUACGGCUUUUUAAUUUUGUGUAUAAAUGCGUCUUACGAUACAAGCAUACUACCCAGAAGGAAAUAUGUUA